UAAUUACCUCAUCCAAACUUACGCUUAGUGUUCUUGAUCGCUGAUUCGGUCAUUGUUGUUUUGACUCUUGGUAGGGGUUGUGGAUAAGGAAUUUGCAUUUGAUCACUUCAUAUUUAAUGAGCCUGUAUGAAAAUAAUUGUCACAAUCAUGAUCCCACUGAAAAAUCGCCAUAGUGAAAAUGAAAGUGAUUUUUUAGAUUGUUUUCUUGACCAUGUUCGAUAUAUAAAUAUAUAUUUUAUAGAUCAUAUUCCAGAUUAAUUUCUUUGUUUCCUUUGAUAUACAAAUCGUGAGCCACUUUAUUUUUAGAUCGUUAUGUAGAUUAUUUUAUAGAUAAUCGUUUGAAAAGCAUAACAAUGUAGAUUUUUCAGGAUGAUCACCUUGAUAAAAAGAAAUCAUGAUACCAAUAAAUAAGCUAUAAAAUCACAUGUUUCCUUCCCUAACAAUGAUAAUUAGUUCCUUUAAUUUACUUUGUGGUGGAAGUUGAGCAUAUUCCCUUAUGGAUUUUUUAUGGGAGGAACAAGAAAGGGGGGAGGGGGGAGCGGCCAAGGUAGAGAAAUAUAGUAGUUGUAUGGUGAAUGAAUGGCUUAUCGGAGAUGGUUUGAAGUUGAAGAAUAUGUUCUUUAUAAUUCAGAUUGUGGUGUUGUAUAUGCUUGAGAAGAAAAAGGAUUUAUGGGACUCAUGGGUGUGGUGUUUGGGUAUGGUUGUCAUGUGGACAGGGAGAAGGAUUGUGUUGCUGGUGGUGUAUUUGGAGUCAGGUGGUGGUGCAUUUGGAGUCAGGUGGUGGUGCUUGAUUAAUUUGGAGGAGAGUCUUUGAAUAUGAGUUCAGGCAGCAGGAGCAGAAGCAGGAGCCCUAUGGAUAGGAAGAUCCGCACUUCACGAUAUUCUUAUCGUGAUGCACCUUACAGGCGUGAUUCUUCGCGUGGGGGUUUCAGCCAAAACAAUCUGUGCAAGAACUGCAAGCGACCAGGUCAUUAUGCCAGAGAGUGUCCUAAUUCUGCAUUAUGCCACAAUUGUGGUCUUCCAGGGCACAUUGCAUCAGAGUGCAGUACGAAGUCACUGUGCUGGAACUGUCGAGAACCAGGGCACAUGGCUGGAAACUGCCCAAACGAAGGCAUAUGUCACACAUGUGGUAAAGCAGGGCAUCGAGCUAGAGACUGCACGGUCCCACAGGUGCCACCUGGCGAUCUGAAGUUGUGCAACAACUGUUUCAAGCAAGGGCAUAUUGGUGUUGAUUGCACAAACGAUAAGGCGUGCAAGAACUGCAGAAAGACAGGUCACAUUGCCCGGGAAUGCACAAACGCUCCUGUCUGUAACUUGUGUAAUAUUUCUGGACACGUUGCGAGAGAGUGCCCUAAAGGAAACAUUCUCGACGAUCGCGUUGGCGGCGGCGGCGGUUAUAGGGAUAUUAUAUGUCGGAGCUGCCACCAGUCGGGGCAUAUUAGCCGGGAGUGUAUGGGACAGGGGGCUUCAAUUAUAUGUCAUAACUGUGGAGGAAGGGGUCAUCUUGCGUAUGAGUGCCCAUCUGCUAGGUUUAUGGAUCACCAUCGCCACCAGCAGCACCGUUUCCCCAGCAGGAGAUAUUGACUAUUUGAGAGAUUGCUUUAGUCUCCAAGGAUUUUAUCUAAAAUUUGGUUUUGUUAAGAAGACAAUUGAACUUUGCAAUCUCUUUCUAAGUUGUGUAUUUUGAGUGAGUUUGUAGGCUGCCUUUCUCUUGGGUUUUAAGAUUCAUAUAUUAUUAUU